CCACCCACCACGUGAUCAACUUCCGGAAUGUCAAGUCUGCGAAGUCUGAUCGGUCCCUCCAUUCUCAACGCGGAUCUAGCCGAUCUGGCCGGCGAGUCGCAGCGCCUCCUUCAAUCCGGCGCCGACUACCUCCAUCUCGACGUGAUGGACGGCCAUUUCGUGCCAAACAUCACAUUUGGAGCGCCAGUCAUCAAAUCUCUACGUCAACAUCUCUCUCAUGAUGUCUACUUUGAUGUGCACAUGAUGGUCGCCGAACCAGAGCGUUGGAUUCAAGACAUCGCGGCUGCUGGCGGCAACCGCUUUGCUUUCCAUGUUGAGUCAACUGACGACCCUAUGAGGGUUAUCCGGGGUAUUAAGGAGGCUAAGAUGGACGUCGGGAUUGUGGUGAACCCAAAGACACCAGUUGACAAAAUAUUUCCAUACAUCGGCAGUGUAGAUAUGGCAUUAAUCAUGACCGUAGAGCCAGGAUUCGGCGGCCAAAAGUUCAUGACAGACAUGAUGCCCAAGGUCGAGAUUUUAAGAGAGAAAUACCCAGAUUUGGACAUCGAGGUGGACGGCGGGCUGUCACCAGUGAAUAUCGAUGUUGCGGCCAAAGCUGGAGCAAACUGUAUCGUCGCUGGCACAUCGGUUGUCAAGAGUGAGGAUCCAAGGUCCGUGAUCGAGACGUUGAGAAAUAGUGUGAACAGAUGGAAGAGAGGAGGAGGUCAAACGUCGUAGAUGAUUAGUGGAAUCAAUUCGAAAUUAGAUGUGAUAGCAGUCACUGAUUUUAGAAUUAUUGUUAUGUAUGUACAUCAUGUUUGAAGCGAUUUUGUUAUGGAAAUAUUAAGGGACACUCAUGGUCUUGUCUUUGAGUGUGGACAUAGAA